GCUGCUGCUGCUUCUGCUGCCUGGGUCACUUGGCUAUAAGAAGAACAACAAAAACUCUAAAGCGAACAUCAUCUCUUCAUACAUCAGCAGUAUUGCUGCUGCUGCUUCAAGCUGCCCCGGUGACAACGGGCAACGAAGGGCAGACUCUGCCCUAGGUUGACGACGGCAGCGAUACAAACGGAAUAACAACAAUAGGACCGGCAGCAGCCUCAACAAUAACAACAGCAAAAAUAUGAAUGCCAGCCUCAUAUAUGAGAUACUCAUGUAUUUGAACUCGUUCUAUUUUGGCAUGUACGCCGCCUUCGAGGUGGGCGUGGGCGUGCUAAAGGCAAUCAAUCUGAAUUAUGGUGAAAACGUUCUGUCACGUGAGGCAACGAUUCUUCUAUCGUUGUGCAUCAUCGAAACGCUGCGCAUUGUCUUCGGCCGCAAAAGCAGCCUCAGCGAUCGUGGCUGGCAAGCAACCGCAUCCGUAAUAUUAACACUGCCCAGUCUUGCUAUUGUUAUCUACUUGUGUUGUUUUCAAACUUAUGUUCUCAAACUCGAAAUUAUUCUGAGUGCCUUAAUGAUCACCCUACAAGGUGCUGAGCUCGUUUACGCCAGCAUAUUCAUUUGUACAAUGUGUCGACCCGUGACAUACACCUAGCAGUUGGUCAACGUUGCCACGUCGAUGUCCAUGGCCAAGCCAACGGCGGCAUUGCUUGAACCUCGAUUGGGACUGACAGCUGCUGCUGGGUAUGGAGCAGUACGACGACGACAACGCAUCAUUUGGUAUAGUUACGUCAGGCAGUUUACAUUUAAGUUGAGCGAUUUUGGUGUAGGCUAAGCCGCCAAAGCCCACGCGCACACACACAGUCAUAUAUACACAGUUAUACACACGCACACACACACACAGCCAUGACUUUAAGGAUCUACAACACUUAUCGAAGAGGUCUACAUGGAUGACAAGAUAUUAUAGAUGAACAGUCGCAAAUACGCUGGCGUAUUCCUUCAGUUACUCCUCGCA